AUGCCAUUUCACGAACCUGAUGACACAAGAGACUAUGUCCCCCUAGUAGUCCUCAACACAAACGCGGAAGAAAAUAACGAUGAAGUCCAGAAUGUACAACCCAAGUACACGCAAAGGAGUUUGUUGAAACGCGUGGGUAUCACCGGUUUCUUGACUAUAUUCCUUGGCUCCGCAGUCCUACUAUUGCCAAUAGUCCUGUUGGCCCUUUUCUGGAGAGAGUCGAUGAUCGCCAUCGCCGGAGACAAGCCAGAAACAUAUUGGAUCCGCAUCGUCAAUGCCAGCUGGACUACCAGACUAGUUACGGUAUGCACCACUGCCAUCCGAACCGUAGUCGCUUUGCAAGCUGGUCUUGCUACUGCGAUGGUCGCAGGGAUUGCCAUGGAGACAACGGGUAUUCCUUUGCUACAAGGGCCGAUUUACUCUAUAAUUCGGGCGGUUAAAGUAGCCCCGAGCAGCCUGUUAAUGGCGACUGACUUUCGGCCUCAUCUGUCGUUUUUCAUCGGGGCACUAGUGACCAUAGAGAUCCUAGUGACGACAUCGUCCCAGUUUCUGUCAACUAUCUUCUUAUCCGACUUCGCCGAUGGAAGCUUUACACUACCAAAUAACUCGACAAACAUUAGUAUCCUAGCGAAUCCAAGUACCGCCACGACUGGAUGGUGGACAAUGCCUCCGGCAGCGAGCUGGACAUUCGCUGAGUUGUCAGAUUCCUUUACAGAAGGACCAGACUACCAUGAUACUGGCCACACCUAUCGAGCGUUUCUCCCGUUUGAAAACGAGGCCCAACGAAUCAAGCUACGCAGCCUCCGUGGUCCGGUGCCUGUUAUGGAUCACCGAGUCGUCUGUGCCAGCCCAGCUCUGACCAACAUGACACUUGACGCAUCGGAUCAGGGUAAAGUACGAUUGUCAGGUCAAAUCGCUAUGAAGAACAAGACUUAUCCGAUGUUGCUGAAUGCUGAAUCCCAGCCCUACAUCAACUUUACCUGCCAGCUGCCCGCACCACUAUAUCGGGCAAACAAUAUGCUAGCAGAAAGCAGCAUAUGUUUUGCCAACAGCGGAAGUGAUUGGGUGGUGCUCUUAGAAGACCCAUUGGUACCGCCUACCGCCAACGAAGGAAGUCCUUCCCUAGUCGGCUAUCCUGAGGCAUCGACCAUGUUCAUGGUCUUAGAUAUGGUUUCCGCAGAGGCCAUGCUGGACGCUGUUGGAGCGGAGCACGCCGUUCAGAUGACGCGUACCAAUGGACCGUGGUCAAUGGUGACGAACGGAUCCGAUGUUGAAGCCUUACGGAUCUCUGCAUGUGUUACCAAUUUGGGUGCUGAAACCCUCACAGUCGGCAUGAACAGCUCAGCCGAUAACUUGGAGCCGAGUAUGUCUUGGGACAUCCACGGUUGGAAGUACCUGACCGAGAGCUCGCGUCGCCAGCUUGGCGCAUCGAGGACUCGAGAGAGUUUGAAAAGUCGGGGGGUGCUUGCCCUCGAGCCUAAGUCUCAGUGGCAAAACUUUCAACGUGAAACUGACAUGAGCGGUUAUGGAACACCGUGGUUCUUCUCAUUAUCGCUCAUCUACAGCAUGCCGACGGCGAUAUAUCUCACAACGAACACGACUCUCAAUCCAGGAGUGAUUCUCUCCGGGAAUGCAAAUGCAUACAGCGUGGCUGCACACCUGACGCAUGUCGAUAUGUUUCAAGACACGCUGAACGCAACAAGCAGUCCUGCAUUGGCCUUGCAGGUAUUGUUAACGAGGGUAUGUCAGAUGGCGUAUUAUGAGCAGCUAGUGAAAAUGGGCACUAAGGCAGCAGCAUCGACUGCAUUUUCUGUUGUCUCGUCAAUUCCGGUACAAUGGACCGGUUUCAUCAUCGGAAUGGCUCUCAUUGCGACCCAUUUUGUUGUCGUUGGCAUCGUCGCCGUCCACUUCCUGAGUUCUACAGCUGGUUCGGUUAUUGGGAGCUAUUGGCAGGCCGUUUCUCAAGUGGUUUCGAAAGAAAGUCUUCCCAUCCUGGAACAAGCGGAUCGGAUGAGCGAUGCGGAGGUCGAGAGCUGGGCUCAACACCAGUCGUUGGAUCUGAAGAGCCGGCGCAAGCUUCAAUAUCAGGAUGAUGGACGGGUCGCUGUAGGUACCACGGAAGAUGAAGGGUGA